ACAACGUUUGCGGCGCCGGUGUCCCAAACAAGAAAAUGAAAAAAAAAUCAAAAAUCCGAUAGGGACGCGAAAGACUAUCCCGCCACGCAUAUGCUGGCUGAGGCGCUUCCUCACCUUUUCUGAGCCACACUCAAGGCUUGAUUCCUCGGCUACCAGCCAGCCACGGCGAGUUCUGUCCGUCUUCGCGUUCUCCAACGUCCUGCCUGCGUCACGGAUGGACUCAAGUCUCGAGUCGCUUUUUUUCCAGAAGGAUGCGCUGAGCCACGAGCGACUCGGCUGCGAGCCUGUUGCAGUACGUCGCAGCCAACAGGUUAGGCGCCUGCAAGCCCGGCGCGCCGCCGAAUAAGAUCGGGUCCGUCCGGCAGCGUAUCAUUCCCGAACACGCCGACCAACCGCCGACCUGCCCGUGGAAUUGAACGCGGACUGUGAAGAAAACAAGGGUCGGUCAUGGCGGCGAACAAGCCAGGCGCGCUCACCUGCGAGCAGGUAGAGCGGGCGUGGCUCGACGCUGGCCGACGAGGUGAUACCAAGACCAUGCAAAGUCUCCGCAAGACGCAUCCCAAGUGGCUCGCGCUGGAUCGCGUACGUAGCCAUUCUCCCGUUCCGACGUGGUGCGCGGAUCAAGUACUACUCUUGUCCGCUCGCCUCGUCCGAUUUGCCUGCUGCCGCGUCUGCGGGUGUCGCUGACGCACAUCGUGUGGUGUUCCUCUGUGUGUCGGUGGCCAUGACAGGUUGUUGCGUCCAAGUCCAGUCCCAAGAACGUCGACGACAGCGAUGAAGCUACGUCCUUCUGUGACUGGGACAAGUUCCAUCUCUCGACGGUGGGGGCGUCGGCGCUGCAUGCUGCUGCUUGGGACGGUAAUCACGAUGUCCUCGAGUUUUUGCUCAAAGAAGGCCAGCAAGUGGACGAGCGCGGCCGUCGCGGCGUCACGGCGUUGAUGGCGACGCUCAUGCGGCACAAUGUGCAAGCGUUGCGUGCUGUUUUCCAAGGAACGGCGGUCGUCCAGCUCAACACGGUCGUGGACUGCCGUAAGGAGGACGCCGCGCGACUCAAUCACACGUUGAGUGUUGUGAAGCUGUUGCUGCGCCACGGAGCGAAGACGGAAGCGCGUGACCAGGACGGGAAGACGGCGUUACUUCUCGCCACGAAUGACGAGCUGUUCGAGGUCGCCAAACUUUUAUUGGAGAAUGGAGCACGCAUGGACGCGCAGGACUCAACUGGUAGGUCCCCGUUGCACGCGUGUUUGCGAGCGUCUCCUGAGCAGAGCGUACUGGUGACGAAUUUGCUGGUUUCCCGGGGCGCGCCGAUUGAUCUUCCGGAUAAGACCGGUGAAACCCCGUUAACGAUCGUAGUUAAACGUGGGGACAUCACAGCGCUGCAGUUGCUACUAAACCACCACUCGCUGGUCGCUACGCUCGCCAGACAGGAUUUCUCCGGCGCUGUGUUGUUGCAAGCCGCAGAGCUCGGAGUGGUCAACGUCGUGCGCUUCUUACUGGAAGGUAAAUACACGAGUAUCGAUGUUGUUAAUGCGCGCGGCGAGACGGCGCUACACUUGGCCAUCGUGAAGCAGCGCAAGAAGCUUGUGGAGAUGUUGUGCGCGUCCAAGUCUGCGGAGCUUCUGCUCCAGGCCCGAACGAAGGGCAAAAGCGAGUCGGUUCUUCACUACGCUGCACGCUACGGUUCUGCUGCGGACUUGCAGUCGUUGCUGUCGCUUUUGGGGAAGAAGGCUGCACAAGAGGUUAACGUAGCCAACGCGGUCGGUCUGACGCCGUUGUACCUCGCAACGGCGGCGCCGACUGCUGGGUCGCCGGCAGAGCGUCAUGCGAAGGUCGCGCAGUUGGAGAAGCUGAAUGCGUCGCUGUUCCCUGCGGAUAUGCGCCUGUUCCGAGCGGUCAAGAAUGCAGGUGUCGAGCUGAUGGCCAUACACCCGGCUGUGCGGCGUUCGCUGGCUCUGUGGAUGGUCGAGUGUAGCGCGUCCUCGAAUGCAACGCUAUCGGACUUCUGUAUCAACUGGUUGGCGUGUCUACAGCGUCCUCAGACAGAUACAAAGAAGCAAGAUGACAAGAAAUCGGGAGGAGCUAAGCCGAAUGCUAAGGAAGCACAGGCGCAGCGUGUCCCGUUGAGUCCCACAGUGGCGGCGUUUGUGUGCGCAGGUUAUGCGGUGGACGCCGUGCCGCUGCUGUUGGCACUGCCGUUCAAGCGCGAGUCGAUGACGCGGUUCCUCGACCUGCUCAAGACUCUGGCCGUCGACACGAAGCACGCAUUGCUGCAAAAGUUGCAGCUGGAGCUCGUGGCAGCCUGGAAGAUCGAAACCAAAACCAAGAAAUAAGCAAGAUGAGUUGUACAAGGAUGAAGCGAAGAGCUCGGCAACACGAUGCGAACGAAGCAGUUGCCGACGUGUAAAUCGCAGUAUGAAAAGAAGCAAGAGCCGCCUGUGAAGUGUGAAGCGGCCCCAAGGAUGGAGCAGGUAGUCAAAGUACCAUUCAGCCACGUACGAGUAGCAAAAUAAUACGAUAUAAUGACCACCUUGAAGAUAUGGCUCCCAAUGACGUCAGCACAGGUCUCCCGUCCACUGCUACAGCUCGUUGUGAAUGUGGAACGUCUUACGCGCAAAAUCGUGGGUUUAUUUACUGUUAACUGCUCUAAUCACCAGC